AUGCUAACGGCAUGUCCCUAUGUCUUACAGAUCUGUGAUAAGGAGUGGCACUACUACGUGAUCAACGUGGAGUUUCCUGCCGUGACGCUCUUUGUGGAUGGCGUGACCUACGAACCCUACCUGGUGACGGACGAUUGGCCCAUCCAUCCCUCGUCAAUCGACACCCAGCUGACAGUGGGUGCCUGCUGGCAAGGUUAUUAUCGACUCUUAUAUCCUGUCCGGUGUUCAUACCAACUCCUUGUGACUCUGAGGCUGUCCUAAAAUGGACACCGUACCAGAAUAACAAUAUUUUGUACUGUAAAAUAAGGGGAGGGAGUUUCUCUUGGAUUCGUACAUGCCAUCUCAGAGCACACAAAGAAUGCAGCGGUUUUCAAUAUCCCAGAAGCCCCUGCAAGUUGCUAACUAGCGUUAGUGCAAUUGUUAACUAGCGUUAGCGCAUGCUAGCUGUUACCAUUAGGGGUGACCCCAUUUAGUCGACUGGUCGAUUAUUUGGUCGAUAGGCUGUUGGUCGACCAAGAUUUCUUUAGCCGCGCAGUAGCAAAAAAAUAAAAUAAUGUUCAAGGUGUACAAGACACCUGUCUGAUUGGCGCCUGUCUGAGUGGACUGAUCCAUUGUGGAGGCCGUGGGGAUGGCACAGUCCAUCACUCUAAGACGUGCUACUUUAAUUGUACAGUAUAUGGUUAUAUUAUGUAAGAACAAUCGUGCAAAACGAAUAAAAAUAAUCUUAUUUUAUAACAAAUGUGCUUUCUACUGCGUUGAAUAGCGGUCGUUGUCCGCAGUUCUGAAACAUCAGUGCACUGUUGAAUUGGCGCCUUUUCCUAGACCAUGUUGCUAUGUGCAUAAUAGCAAAGUUAACCAGCAUAUUGGUGUUGAGAACAAUGCGUCGGAAGCAGCAGCGGAGUUAGGAAACGAGAAAACAGCCCUUGCCUUAAUUGUCUAAGAAAAGUGAGGAGAGAGGAAACCAACUCAAUUAGGUCUAUAAUCAAUAGCCUAACUGUUAAAUGUGCCUGGCUUUAUAAAUAAUCUAUAUACUGUAUAUCUACAGAAAUAAGACAGAUCCUGCUUCUGUUUGAGUGUUUGUUUAAUAGCCUACUGAUUCUGUGAGCAACAAGUCUCAUGGAACCACAACAUGUCGGAUAAACAAUUUUUCAAAUUCGACUGUUUUUAAUCUUUGCUUUGCUGUAAUAAAGGCUUUACACUUUUUUUUGUUAGAACAGCCUCUCUGCUAUUACUUAAUUUAUUUAGUGUUGUUAACACUGUUCCAAAUUGUCCGAAAAAUUAUAUUUAUAAUAAUAAUAAUAAUAACCCUCCUUUUUCUUGAUCUCCUUCUUAUUGUUAUUAUUACUAUUAUUAUUAUGAUCAUCAUUAUAAUAAUAAGUAAUAUCAUUAUCAUUAGUAGGCUUAGUAUAAUCACCAUCGAGCUGUAGGCAUCCUGUUUAGUCUUAAUACCAUAACUUACUUAGGCCUAUAUUUCAUUACAUUACAUUUACAUUUGAGUCAUUUAGCAGACGCUCUUAUCCAGAGCGACUUACAGUUAGUGAGUGCAUACAUUUUCAUACUGGCCCCCCGUGGGAAACGAACCCACAACCCUUGCGUUGCAAGUGCCAUGCUCUAUCAAGUGAGCUACAGGAGUCAAUAGUUAUAUAGGCUGCUGUAUCAAUCAUUCAUUCAUGUCAUCACAGAGCAUACAAGUCAUUCAUGAUCUGAAAUGCAAUCAAGCAUUUGAGUUUUAAAAUAAAAUAACAAAGCAACCUUUGAAUAAUUAGCGUACACAAUAAAUAAACUGUUCCAUUUUGGAAAUUGCAUUCACAAAUGAAUGUGACUGUUUUUAGUAUUUGCUGUAAUAAAGGCUUUACAAAAAAAUUAAAUAAUAAACGUUACAACAGACUCUCUGGUACGCUUAUAAUGUAUUGUGUUGUUUACAUUGUUCCAAACGGUCAGAAAAAUGAUAUUGUAAUCUAUACAGCCCCUGUUUGGCACACAUAAGAUCCACACAGCGCUUGCUCCUUACCUUAUUUUACUUGAUCUCCAGUAUUUUCCACAACUAGUCAAAUCUAUUCCACACAUCCGACUUCCCCUUUACCUCCUGAGCAACCAGUAAACAUUCCCCCGUUUCAAGUUUAUUUGUCACGUCCUCUGCAUCCAUUUUGCUGUCACGUGUUACGGUGUUCAGAGUUUGUUAUAACCAAUUUCUUGAUGUGAUUAUGAUAUGCUAUAGGUGCGAUGCAUACAUGUGUCAUGUAAAGAGAGCAAGCAUUGAGGGAAUAGGGAAUGGUUUUCUUAAACAAAUGGGGGAUUUCGGUAACAGAACUUUUCAGUCAGAAAUGUCUGUAAUUACGUUGCAGCUUCAGCAACAUGGACAGCGCGAUAAACACUGAAGUUCUGUGGUGGUUGCUGCAGCAUGGAGGAGAAAGAGACAACGGGUGCUUUUUUUGUGUGUCUUCAUUAUUUAAUCAAACAAUGCACUUAAAGCAAGCUCAGUGCAUAUAGUUGAUUUGAUUAACAUAUAGGAUGUGUCUAUACAGUGGGGAAAAAAAGUAUUUAGUCAGCCACCAAUUGUGCAAGUUCUCCCACUUAAAAAGAUGAGAGAGGCCUGUAAUUUUCAUCAUAGGUACACGUCAACUAUGACAGACAAAAUGAGAAAAAAUAUUCCAGAAAAUCACAUUGUAGGAUUUUUAAUGAAUUUAUUUGCAAAUUAUGGUGGAAAAUAAGUAUUUGGUCACCUACAAACAAGCAAGAUUUCUGGCUCUCACAGACCAGUAACUUCUUCUUUAAGAGGCUCCACUGUCCUCCACUCGUUACCUGUAUUAAUGGCACCUGUUUGAAUUUGUUAUCAGUAUAAAAGACACCUGUCCACAACCUCAAACAGUCACACUCCAAACUCCACUAUGGCCAAGACCAAAGAGCUGUCAAAGGACACCAGAAACAAAAUUGUAGACCUGCACCAGGCUGGGAAGACUGAAUCUGCAAUAGGUAAGCAGCUUGGUUUGAAGAAAUCAACUGUGGGAGCAAUUAUUAGGAAAUGGAAGACAUACAAGACCACUGAUAAUCUCCCUCGAUCUGGGGCUCCACGCAAGAUCUCACCCCGUGGGGUCAAAAUGAUCACAAGAACGGUGAGCAAAAAUCCCAGAACCACACGGGGGGACCUAGUGAAUGACCUGCAGAGAGCUGGGACCAAAGUAACAAAGCCUACCAUCAGUAACACACUACGCUGCCAGGGACUCAAAUCCUGCAGUGCUAGACGUGUCCCCCUGCUUAAGCCAGUACAUGUCCAGGCCCGUCUGAAGUUUGCUAGAGUGCAUCCAGAAGAGGAUUGGGAGAAAGUCAUAUGGUCAGAUGAAACCAAAAUAUAACUUUUUGGUAAAAACUCAAAUUGUCGUGUUUGGAGGACAAAGAAUGCUGAGUUGCAUCCAAAGAACACCAUACCUACUGUGAAGCAUGGGAGUGAAAACAUCAUACUUUGGGGCUGUUUUUCUGCAAAGGGACCAGGACGACUGAUCCGUGUAAAGGAAAAAUGAAUGGGGCCAUGUAUCGUGAGAUUUUGAGUGAAAACCUCCUUCCAUCAGCAAGGGCAUUGAAGAUGAAACGUGGCUGGGUCUUUCAGCAUGACAAUGAUCCCAAACACACCACCCGGGCAACGAAGGAGUGGCUUCGUAAGAAGCAUUUCAAGGUCCUGGAGUCUCCAGAUCUCAACCCCAUAGAAAAUCUUUGGAGGGAGUUGAAAGUCCGUGUUGCCCAGCGACAGCCCCAAAACAUCACUGCUCUAGAGGAGAUCUGCAUGGAGGAAUGGGCCAAAAUACCAGCAAGAGUGUGUGAAAACCUUGUGAAGACUUACAGAAAACGUUUGACCUGUGUCAUUGCCAACAAAGGGUAUAUAACAAAGUAUUGAGAAACUUUUGAUAUUGACCAAAUACUUAUUUUCCACCAUAAUUUGCAAAUAAAUUCAUUAAAAAUCCUACAAUGUGAUUUUCUGGAAUAUUUUUUCUCAUUUUGUCUGUCAUAGUUGACGUGUACCUAUGAUGAAAAUUACAGGCCUCUCUCAUCUUUUUAAGUGGGAGAACUUGCACAAUUGGUGGCUGACUAAAUACUUUUUUCCCCACUGUAUAUGGAAAAAUACACGUUUUAAAAUUUCAAUCAAUCGAUUAGUCGAAAAAACGGACGACUCUCGGUCAACCAAGAUUAUUUUAGUUGGGGGCAGCCCUAGUUACCAUAGACUUCCAGUCAUUGUGCUAACGCUAGUUAGCAUUGGCUCGCGAAACUACCUCUAACUUCGAGUCAUUCUUUUUCAAAUCGAAGAGGCUCAAGCUUGGAGACAUCAAACAGGAAACACAGGUUGUCAAUUCCAGCCGCUUGAAAAGAGGGGGCUAAUGAUCUCAUUUGAAUGAAGAAGCACUACUUAAUAUAGCUUUUAUGAUACGAAAAUAACAAUUAUAUAAAUGUUUUUGCUGGGGGGAGUAGGCCGGGAGAUGGGUACAGCUAAAUCACAUGAGCCCCACUCGAGGCAUCGAGGGCCAAUGGCAUUUCGGUGUAAUUUUAAUUUAUUUUCAUCUGGCUUCUGAUUGCAAUUUUCUCUUUUUUCUCCUGUUCCCUGUCUCUUUCCAUGAAUCUGUGAUUCUGUGAGAAAGCCCUGAAGAAGGGAUUAAGACAGUCUGAAUGGAAGACAAGUUCUCUGGCUAUUACAUCCCAAUGAAGCUGCUUUAAGCUUCACUAAGCCGCAAUUGAUAACUUUGCAGACCAUUAGUGAACAGGAUUGCCUUUCUAAGUACCCACCACCCUGCACACAAUCAACAACGUAAUGAAGAGACACACGGAACGAUAGGCUCCAGACAUAAUUUUAGCUCCCCCAAAUCGAAACAAGAUUCGUGACUUGUGACUAGAGCGACAUCAUAUAUAUUUUUUGCCCAUUUUCGUUGGGGAAACUUUUAUGGAGAUUGCUUUGAACGGUGCUCUUCUUAUGCAGAGUAGACAGGCAAUGUAUGUUGUGUAAUUACUAUGUACAGUGCAUUGGAAAGUAUUCAGACCCCUUGACUUUUUCUACAUUUUGUUACGUUACAGCCUCAUCAAUCUACACACAAUACCCCAUGAUGACAAAGCAAAAACAGGUUUUUAGAAAUGUUUACAAAAAAAAAAAGAUAUACAAAACAUACCUUAUUUACAUAGGUAUUCAGACCCUUUGCUAUGAGAUUCGAAAUUGACCUCAGAUGCAUCCUGUUUCAAUUGAUCAUCCUUGAGAUGUUCCUACAGCUUGAUUGUAGUCCACCUGUGGUAAAUUAAAUUGAUUGGACAUGAUUUGGAAAGGCACACACCUGUCUAUACAAGCUCCCACAGUUGACAGUGCAUGUCCGAGCAAAAACCAAGCCAUGAGGUCGAAGGAAUUGUCCAUAGAGCUCCGAGACAGGAUUGUGUUGAGGCACAGAUCUGGGGAAUGGUAUCAAAACAUUUCUGUAGCAUUGAAGGUCCCCAAGAACACAGUGGCCUCCAUCAUUCUUAAAUGGAAGAAGUUUGAAACCACCAAUACUCUUUCUAGAGCUGGCCACCUGGCCAAACUGAGCAAUCGGGGGAGAAGGGCCUUGGUCAGGGAGGUGACCAAGAACCCAAUGAUCACUCUGACAGAGCUCCAGAGUUCCUCUGUGGAGAUGGGAGAAACUUCCAGAAGGACAACCAUCUCUGCAGCACUCCACCAAUCAGACCUUUAUGGUAGAGUGGCCAGACGGAAGCCACUACUCAGUAAAAGGCACAUGACAGCCCAUUUGGAGUUUGCCAAAAGGCACCUAACGGACUCUCAGACCAUGAGAAACAAAAUUCUCUGGUCUGAUGAAACCAAGAUUGAACUCUUUGGCCUGAAUACAAAGCAUCACGUCUGGAGGAAACCUGGCACCGUCCCUACGGUGAAGCAUGGUGGUGGCAGCAUCAUGCUAUGGGUUUUUCAGUGGCCAGUACUGGGAGACUAGUCAGGAUCAAGGGAAAGAUUAAUGGAGCAAAGUACAGAGAGAUCCUUGAUGAAAACCUGCUCCAUUGAGCUCAGGACCUAAGACUGGGGUGAAGGUUCACCUUCCAACAGGACAAUGACCCUAAGCACACAGCCAAGACAAUGCAGGAGUGGCUUCGGGACAAGUCUCUGAAUAUCCUUGAGUGGCCCAACCAGAGCCCGGACUUGAACCCGAUCAAACAUCUCUGGAGAGACCUAAAAAUAGCUGUGCAGCGAUGCUCCCCAUCCAACCUGACAGUGCUCGAGAGUUUCUGCAGAGAAGAAUGGGAGAAACUCCCCAAAUACAGGUGUGCCAAGCUUGUAGCGUCAUACCCAAGAAAACUCGAAGCUGUAAUCGCUGCCAAAGGUGCUUCAACAAAGUACUGAGUAAAGGGUCUGAAUACUUAUAUAAAUGUAAUAUAUCAGUGUUUUUUAUUUUUAAUACAUUUGCACACAAAAAAUAAAAACCUGUUUUUGCUUUGUCAUUAUUGUGUAUUGUGUGUAGAUUGAUGAGGGGGGGGGGGGGGAACGAUUUAAUCAAUUUUAGAAUAAGGCUGUAACGUAACUAAAUGUGGAAAAAGUCAAGGGGUCUGAAUACUUUCCGAAUGCACUGUAACUACUAGGGAAGUAUAGUGCAGAGCAACUUUGGCUGGCCUUAGGCCUACUGCCAUGUCCUGCCUCUUCUUAACCAUAACCACACCACAAUCUUGAACCUACUUUUCCUAAUACAGCGAAGUCAAACUGUUGAUUUUAAACUUAAUUGCUAUCUUUCCCACUGCAGUUGUAAAUACUAUACAGCCAGGUGUGCAGAAAUAGCAUAUGCUAGCCGGACUGAGGCCUACACGCUGAACGUUUUCUUGUUCAAAUUCUCCUCUUUUGGUACCGAAAUGAGCCCAAAAUAUGCUCCCUCAAUCUGUGCCACAACACUUAGUUGAUAACAUCAUAAUAAUAAAAAAUCAGGAGCAAUAAGUCUGGAGCCGUUGCAGGUGGCGGCAAGAACGCUUGAGUAUGUCAGCGCAAGACACAGCUCUGGGACCGUUAGCACAUUACUAUAGCGACUAGCGAACUGCCAGUUCCAUUUGCCAGUGGAUCAAAGAGGAAACACACACACACUCGUCUGAAUAAGACGACGGCAGCGUUUUUCCUUCACAGGCCUCAUGUCCCUGACGCUACCUCAGAUUGGACAUGUUUUUAUUUUGUUGUUUUGACAGUCGCUUUAAAAAAUAAGUGGGGAGAGCAGAUGGGUACUGGCAAACGAAAACUGGCUGACAUUUCCGUAGUCACGCUAUGGGCUUUAUUUUACGGUACUGUUUGGCUUGGUAUUUACCUAAUGUGGUAAAAAAGGUCACCCUCUGUUAGCCUUUAUUGAAACCUUUAUUUAUAAAGGUUAGUCUUGUUGAAAGGUUAGUUAUGUAGGUUAUUCUCCUUUCUUAAACUGUCAUUUCUAACUUAGACUGAGUAAAUAAAGCGUAAAGGACUGUAAAAUAAAGAAUUACCAAAGCAUAUUCUUAUAUUAUAAUAGAGACAUGCACCAUAUUGCUUUCACCUGUGCUGUAAUUUCAGAAUUUCAGAUCAGAGCAGAUUAAGGAGAGGACAUGAUCUCCUCAGAAGCCAUUUUGAGAUGCACCUUUGAACUGAACAAACCCUGAUGUCCCAUCCUUCCUCUUCUUUUCCUCCCUAGGUGGUGAGGUGUCCACCCCACGGUUCACCCAGUUCUUCCGGGGCAGUCUGUCUGGGCUGACCAUCAGGCCAGGGAGGAUCGAGACCCAGAAGGUCAUCUCCUGUCUACAGGCCUGUAAGGAAGGAUUGGAUAUCAACUCACUGGAGAGCCUGGGCAAGAACAUCAAGGUGACAGCUCUGGAGACACACGGAUGCACACACACACACGAACACACACACAUAUAAACAGACAUAAAUGUUAAUAAAAGACUCACACACAGGGUGUUUCUACAAACACACCUUAACCCUCAUAAGUCAUAAUGUCUGUGUUCUACAAACAGUACUGUUAAGAGAUCUGAAAAACACCAUCAAUCAAAUAAAUACAAUUAUACUCUUAGGUAAAGUAUUUAUUUUUAAGGCGAUCUCUGUAGAAACGGUACAGAUCGAGAGGUUCAAGACCCUCAUAAGACAUCACAAUAAAUUAACUUCCCCUCUAGUAUCGAUGUGUUGAUUAAUGUGUUAUUCUGUCUGUACAGUUCCACUUCAACCCAGCCCAGUCGGUGCUGGUGAUGGAGGGAGAGGACCUGGAGAGUGUCACCACAGCCAUGGCCAAGGUCUCCUACAUCAACUCACGCCAGUUCCCCACAGCAGGCUUCAGACAGCUACACAUCACCACCACCGUACAGUGAGUAUGGAACCCUACAGAUGUGUAUGCGUACGCACACACAGACACACGCUGUAAUCUGUCUCCCACACACAGACACACGCUGUAAUCUGUCUCCCACACACAGACACACGCUGUAAUCUGUCUCCCACACACAGACACACACUGUAAUCUGUCUCCCACACACAGACACACGCUGUAAUCUGUCUCCCACACACAGACACACGCUGUAAUCUGUCUCCCACACACAGACACACGCUGUAAUCUGUCUCCCACACACAGACACACGCUGUAAUCUGUCUCCCACACACAGACACACGCUGUAAUCUGUCUCCCACACACAGACACACACUGUAAUCUGUCUCCCACACACAGACACACGCUGUAAUCUGUCUCCCACACACAGACACAUGCUGUAAUCUGUCUCCCACACACAGACACACACUCCUCAACCUAUUUUCCUCUCUCUCUCACACAUAGGCUACAAGCGCAAAGACACAGGUGCUUGUGCGCACAGACACACACACACAAACAUGAUUCACACCAAGCACACAGAAAGGCUUACAGUGGGGGAAAAAAGUAUUUAGUCAGCCACCAAUUGUGCAAGUUCUCCCACUUAAAAAGAUGAGAGAGGCUUGUAAUUUUCAUCAUAGGUACACGUCAACUAUGACAGACAAAAUGUGAAAAAAAAGAAUUUAUUUGCAAAUUAUGGUGGAAAAUAAGUAUUUGGUCACCUACAAACAAGCAAGAUUUCUGGCUCUCACAGACCUGUAACUUCUUCUUUAAGAGGCUCCUCUGUCCUCCACUCGUUACCUGUAUUAAUGGCACCUGUUUGAACUUGUUAUCAGUAUAAAAGACACCUGUCCACAACCUCAAACAGUCACACUCCAAACUCCACUAUGACCAAGACCAAAGAGCUGUCAAAGGACACCAGAAACAAAAUUGUAGACCUGCACCAGGCUGGGAAGACUGAAUCUGCAAUAGGUAAGCAGCUUGGUUUGAAGAAAUCAACUGUGGGAGCAAUUAUUAGGAAAUGGAAGACAUACAAGACCACUGAUAAUCUCCCUCGAUCUGGGGCUCCACGCAAGAUCUCACCCCGUGGGGUCAAAAUGAUCACAAGAACAGUGAGCAAAAAUCCCAGAACCACACGGGGGGGACCUAGUGAAUGACCUGCAGAGAGCUGGGACCAAAGUAACAAAGCCUACCAUCAGUAACACACUACGCCGCCAGGGACUCAAAUCCUGCAGUGCCAGACGUGUCCCCCUGCUUAAGCCAGUGCAUGUCCAGGCCCGUCUGAAGUUUGCUAGAGUGCAUUUGGAUGAUCCAGAAGAGGAUUGGGAGAAUAUCAUAUGGUCAGAUGAAACCAAAAUAUAACUUUUUGGUCAAAACUCAACUCGUCGUGUUUGAAGGACAAAUAAUGCUGAGUUGCAUCCAAAUAACACCAUACCUACUGUGAAGCAUGGGGGUGGAAACAUCAUGCUUUGGGGCUGUUUUUCUGCAAAGGGACCAGGACGACUGAUCCGUGUAAAGGAAAGAAUGAAUGGGGCCAUGUAUCGUGAGAUUUUGAGUGAAAACCUCCUUCCAUCAGCAAGGGCAUUGAAGAUGAAACGUGACUGGAUCUUUCAGCAUGACAAUGAUCCCAAACACACCGCCCGGGCAACGAAAGAGUGGCUUCGUAAGAAGCAUUUCAAGGUCCUUGAGUGGCCUAGCCAGUCUCCAGAUCUCAACCCCAUAGAAAAUAUUUGGAGGGAGUUGAAUGUCCGUGUUGCCCAGCGACAGCCCCAAAACAUCACUGCUCUAGAGGAGAUCUGCAUGGAGGAAUGGGCCAAAAUACCAGCAACAGUGUGUGAAAACCUUGUGAAGACUUACAGAAAACGUUUGACCUGUGUCAUUGCCAACAAAGGGUAAAUAACAUAGUAUUGAGAAACUUUUGUUAUUGACCAAAUACUUAUUUUCCACCAUAAUUUGCAAUGUGAUUUUCUGGAUUGUUUUCCUCAUUGUUUUCCUCAUCUGUCAUAGUUGACGUGUACCUAUGAUGAAAAUUACAGGCCUCUCUCAUCUUUUUAAGUGGGAGAACUUGCACAAUUGGUGGCUGACUAAAUAAUUUUUUCCCCCACUGUAUAUCACUUCCCAGACUGUGUUUAUCAAACCUUCAUUUGUGUAUUUCACACAAACAAAUACAGCCGAGGUAAAGAAUUGUGGUUCUCUGGGGAAAAAGAGAGGGAAUGUUUUGAUGGAGGGAGAGUGAGAGUGUGGUCUCUCUGUGUCUGAUAUGCUAAUCAAGAGUGUUAGAGGGGAGAUGUGUGCUGUGUCCCUCUCUUUACAUCUCCCCUCAGUAACCACACAAUUCCGCCCCACCGCGCCACGGCUGAGAGGGCCGCCAUAGCGCCGCGGUUGCCGAUGGAGCUGUGGUUGCCGGAGCCGACAUUGCAUCAGACAUUUUACAUUUUAGUCAUUUAGCAGACGCUCUUAUCCAGAGCGACUUACAGUUAGUGAAUACAUAUUUUUUUUAUACUGGCCCCCCGUGGGAAACGAACCCACAACCCUGGCAUUGCAAACGCCAUGCUCUAUCAACUGAGCUACAUCCCUGCCGGCCAUUCCCUCCCCUACCCUGGACGACGCUGGGCCAAUUGUGCGCCGACAUGAGUCUCCCGCGUUGCGGCCGGCGGACGACAGAGCCUGGAUCAAACCAGGAUCUCAGUGGCACAGUUAGCACUGCGUGAUGGCAGUGCCUUAGACCACUGCGCCAAUCAGGCGUACAGGCUGAUGAUUGAGGAUAGGAAUGAGGAUGAGGGCCAUGAAGGCAAUCUGCUGUGUCAGGGUUUCUCAAGCCAGAGAGCACUCCGAGAGGGAAAAUAGUUUGAUCAUUAGAUUAUAUAGAGCUGGUAAGACUGAAUGGCUGGCAGACUGGGUGGGUCCGUUUUUCUCUCUCUCUCUCUCUCUCUCAUCUCUCCUCUCUUCUCUUGUCUCUCUCUUCCUCUCUCUCUCUCUCACUGUCUUCUAUGCUGUUCUCUCUCUCGCUGUCUCUCUCUCUCUCGCUUGGCUCUCUCUCUCGCUGUCUCUCUCGCUGUCUCUCUCUCUCUCUCUCUCUCUCUCUCUCUCUCUGUCUCUCUCUGUCUCUCUUCUUGUCUCUCGCUCUCUCUCGCAAAAUAAGAGAUAGAAAGAUAGUAUGCAGUCGUAUAGGAGUUCAUGAAAUGUAUUGGUAAUGAAAUGCAGGCCCAAAAACAAGAUAGGAAGUGAGAGUGGAAGAGUGGAGAGAAAGAAAUAGUGUGAAAUAAGCAAUGAAAUGAACUGCUAAACAAAUGCAGGGCCAAAUAAGAGCGGGAAUGAGAAAAGAUGAGGUUGUGUGGUCUAACAAGAGGUCAUGAAAGGUACUGCUAAGUGAAAAAAGGUGUGUGUGUGCACGUCUGUCUGCGCAUGUGCGGGCGUACAUGUUGUGCCUGUGUGUGUGCGCCCAUGUGUGCGUGUCUACACCAACUCAAAAUGGACGACUGUGGUGGAUAGUGGACUCCUGUCACAGGAGCUGUAAUAGGAUUAGUCUAACGCAGGAGAACUCAGAGCACUGCCUUGUAUAAAGAGAGAUGGCUCCUCCUAUUCAGCAGGCACUUUCAUGCUCCAUAUGGUCCUGGUUGCGUCCCAAAUGCCACCCUAUUGUCUACAUGGUGCACUACUUUUGACCAGGGCUCAUAGGGAAUAAGUAGGCAAUAGGGUGUCAUUUGGGAAGCAAAUUCUUAAUAGUGUUUCUGGUCAAGUGGCAUUUAUUUAGUGAGGGCCCUAGUUUAGUGUGGAGACUUUGCUACACCCCACAGACUUUUUACAGGUGUUGUUCGGGGUAAUUGUUUGUGGAGUUACAGCCAAUUUUGCUUAUCAGAUAAAUCUACACACACGAUUGCAGGUGCACGCACGCAGGCACACACACACACACAUGCACGGACCUGCAUGCACACGCAUCCACACCGGAGUGCCAAGUCUGGGACCAAAAGGCUCCUGAACAGCUUCUACCCCCAAGCCAUUAGACUGCUGAGCAGUUAGUUAAUAAAAUGGCUACCUGGACUAUUUGCAUUGACCCAGUUUUUUUUUUACCGUGACUCUCUUGCACUGGCUCUAUGCACACUCACUGGACUCUACCCACACACUCACACACUACACUGACACUCCAACACACACACACACACACACACACACACACACACACACACACACUACAUACGUUCUCAUACACAAAACACACACAUGCAUAUUGACGCCACACACACACACACACACACAAUUUCACACUCUUUCACACUCUUUCACACUCUUCACAUACGCUGCUGCUACUCUGUUUAUAUCUAUCCUGAUUGCCUAGUCACUUUUACCCCUACCUACAUGUACAUAUUACCUCAACUACCUCCUACCCCCGCACAUUGACUCAGUACCGGUACUCCUUGUAUAUAGCCUCGUUAUUUUUAUUUUAUUGUGUUACUAUUUCAUUUUUUGCUAAUUUUUCUUACUUUUUAACUCUGCAUUGUUGGGAAAGGGCUCAUAAGUAAGCAUUUCCCGGUAAAGUAUACACCUUUUGUAUUCAGCGCAUGUGACAUACAUUUGUUUUGAUUUUGAUUUGACACACACAACACACACACACAACACAAAACAACACAACACACACACUCUUCCUAUUCAAAUACAUGUAAAUACACAGACACACACAUAAAGACAUCCCAUUCAAAGCCAGUCUGUUAUUUAGUUAAGGAGAACAAUGAGUCUUAAUACAUGCUUUCAUUUAGGCCUAGUUAUUACCAUGGUAAAGCAGUCCAAUCAGUAUUUGUAGCUAGUAAAGCCAGAAGCACCAGACUGUUAUCAUAUAAACAAAUAGACUGGUUUUUAAUUAGUGUGGGAAAGUAAAUCUAUGAAUAAAUAAGUGAGUGAAGAGCACUUUUCACCAACCCUUGAAAAGCGUAAUUACUUGAGGCUUUAGGUGCCAACGUUUGUAUUAAUCCUGAGAGACUUCACUCUGCCCCCCUCAAACUGUAAUGAACUUAGAUGACAGCCAGCUUGUUUCCCCCAGACUGCCUGGGUGGCAGGACAGCUCCUCACUCUGGGUAGGAGGCCCUUAGAAUCUAGAUCCGAUCGUAAUCUAGUCGUAAUCUAGUAUGAAUAAAUGCAAAACUGAUCUUAAAUCAGUGUCUAGGGGCAACUUCGUCUGAGUACUACUUAAAUAGUAGUAACAGUGAAAGGUAGAGAGAAUGGCACAUCCAGAAACAACUCCUAGGCCCUAAGCCCUUACCCCUAGGCACAAGUGUGUAGGAGGUAGGUACAGUGAAUGUAAAAUAUACAAUUAAAAUGUUUCUUUGUUUGGGGGUUUCGCUUCAUGUCAACCGUUGGCUGAGAAAGUGUUACAUUGUGUUGAUAAAACAUUUCAUAAUUAGUAUACGUGUGUGUGUGUAUGUGUGUGUGUGUGUGUGUGUGUGUGUGUGUGUGUGUGUGUGUGUGUGCUUGUGUGUGUUAUUGGAAAUGGGCAGCUUGGAGCCAUCUGUCUGAAAAGCACAUCACUCCCAAAAAAUCUGAAAAGCUGCGGAGUUCUUUACCAACAGAAGCCACUUGCAAUCAAAAUUGGACAAAUAUUAGAAGUCCACUUUCACUGCCUCAAUCACAAUCUGUAUUUACAGUAUCUGUUUCUCACCUCUGAAAUUAAAAUGAAAAGUGCCUAGUCAUUCAUUGUCAGGACCAGAAAGAGUAUUUAGGCUGUGUUCUCUUGGGUGGAAGCACAAAUUAACGGUGCCACACAAGGCAAUUUAUGCCAUUUCGAUUCCAGUAUGAAAUAGCAAUUAUGUCUAUCUCCAUUUUCUUCUACUUUCCCCUUCUCCUCCUGUUGUUUUUGGGAGCUCAGGUGUUUCGGGGAGGACAUAUGCAUCUCCAUCCCAGACAUUAAGGCUUUAGUAAUGGUCCUGCCACCCAGCGAGCCACGGAUCACCAUCGCUGGUUCAGAUCGACUCGUCAGGCCUGCUGCCGACCUGCGUGGAGCCAUGGGCGUGGCACCCUUCAAGGAGCUGAGCAUCACCAGCACUGUAACCAAGGGCGACGGUGUGCCGUUCAGCGCAGGUGGGUGGGGGGCGGUUACCGUGGAUACAUGUUGAUCAGCAUGAUGUGAUCCCAACUAGUCAAGUUGUAAAAGUGUGUGUUUGAUUUUGUUUGAUUUGUGUGUUUGUGUAUAUGUGUGUAGUCUACAGGCCUGGUGUUCUGGAGGCGAUGCACAACCUGGAUUACUGUGAUGUCCUGGUGAUUGGAGAGGAGCUCAACCCAGAGCACGAGAGUCUGGAGAUUCACCACAGCUCUCUAAUGGGGAAACACCUGGACGCCACAAACUCCACCUCAGGAAUAUCCAUAUAUGGUAUGUACCAUCAUUAAUUGACUGAAUCAAGGAUACUGCGUGUUCAAUUCAUAAGGCAUUAUUUAUGUCACACAUUUCAUACACACUUUCAACAUCUUGCCAGUGUGUCACCUGCUUAGCAGUCGUAUCAGAAGCUAUACAAGAUAUUAAAGCUGUGUCUUGAGGAAAACACUGGGCCCACUUUUGAGCCCUGUGGGACACCAUCUAUAUUUGGUUUGGAACAACCAGGGACACCUUUGGUAAUAAUGCCUUUUCUCCGGUCUUUUUCCCUAGGUGUGGACUCCAUGGCCCACUAUGAGGAGGCCCUAAGGCAGGUGUGCUACAGGAACUGGCGCCCGGCGACCCUGAAUAACAGGAGGUUCAGGCUCACCUGCUCCGAGCUCAAUGGACGCUACACCAGUAACGAGUUUAAUUUGGAGGUCAGGGAAGAAACGGUUUCCUUUUUCACUUCACCCCUUCCCCACUCUAUUUUUGUCUGCGCCAGUAGCCAUCUCCAUACUGACUGAUAUGUUCUUUGUCCCACCUUCAGGUUAACGUCCUUCACAACGCAGCACCUGUAGAGCAUGUCAAUCACAUGGCUGUCCAAUCCCAGUACAUGCGGUCUGUGCAUCAUCCACUAAUGGUACACUCUGUCAAUUCACACAUCUCAGGUAAGGCACCCAGCAGUGCGCGCACACACACACACACACACACACACACACACACACACACACACACACACACACACACAGUGAAGACCUGAGGGUGUGUUUUGUUGAACUGGAGGGGGAUCCAGAUUAGGCUAAGCCUUCAGGUCAUACACACACAGACACACGCUGUCUCGGUCUCCCUCUCUCAGUGUCACACACAUGCAAACACACACACACACAUAUACAGGACUGAGUGAUCCUCCCAAGGGUAGAGAGGACACAGCACACAGCAGAGGGAACUGGGGAUCUCUGCCCUAUUGGGUACAGAGAGAGCCGAGAGUAGAGACACUGCUCAAUGGAAAGAAUGUGGCAUCAGAUUUCUACGGUUUUACCACAAGAACAGAAAGCCAGUCCCCCCAUACAUACAUUUUUUAUAUCACAUUAAUAAGAAUAAUAGACACUACUUUCAAUGUAAUGAAACAGUGAAGUGAUUUUGUAAUUUCAGGUGAACUUACCCUUUAAACACGCUUCUCCCCCCACAGGCACCCCUCCAGCUGCCACAGUCGUGGUAGUGAUCUGUAUAGCCGCCCUGGUGGUUAUAGUGGUGGUAGGCAUCUACAGGCUCCAUAGUACCCACCAGGACAGCUCCAAGAGUGAGGAGGAUGGAGCCACAGACCCAGAGAUGGACUGGGACGACUCCACCCUCACCAUCACAGUCAACCCUAUGGAGGUGAGAGGACAUAACACAAAGGAAUUCCCAGAGAAGGCACUGUCAACUAAAUCAACUCCAAGGCACUUGUGA